UCGUUUACCGCAACUCACAGAGAACAGUCACAUCAUGGCUCUUAAAAUUGCAGUUUUGGCUACCGUCAUCGCCGCGGCUCACGCAAUUGCCGUGGGAUAUCCGGCUCCGGCCUAUCCUGCCUAUCGGCCAGCUUUGGGUGCUUACCCUGCUGUGGCUAAAGUAGCUGCCCCCUAUGUUGGUGAUUACGACCCAAACCCUCAGUACAGCUACAGUUAUGCUGUUGCGGAUGCCGUUACCGGAGACAACAAGAGCCAACAGGAAUCUCGCUCCGGAGAUGUCGUGACCGGAUCCUACUCCCUGAUUGAGCCGGACGGCACCCAGCGCGUCGUUGAGUACACCGCUGAUCCCGUCAAUGGAUUCAACGCUGUCGUCCACCGUCAGCCACUCGGCGCCAAGGUUAUUGCCCCAGUAGCCAAGAUUGCUGCUCCAUUGGCUUACCCAAGACUUGCGGGUCCUCAUCCGCUGUACGGUUAAACAUUUGCCCAACGAAGAAAAAAGCCACAAAAUAGCAGUUUCUCCCUUAGUUCAAAUCCUCUGUUUGCAACGCUCAAAAUAAAUCGAAUCGUUACCCCUAA